CAGCAUGGUAUGUGUACUGGAGAUGCAGAAACCAUGUAGCAGAAAGCUUUGAGCAGUUGUGGAUUAUCAGUUUCUCCCAACAGCAAUAAGAAGUGAAGAAUGAAGGCGACUGGAUUUAUUUCCCUAUGGACGUUGGUUUCACUGCCUUGUGGCCAGUUAGCAAAUCCUGCAGAACAUGAAGAUGUAGUAAAGCAUGCAAUAAAGCUGCACCGUGGGAAAGGAGCUGUUAUCACUCAAAGAAAACAGUGGGUGUUGGAUAGCUGCAGGAAACUAUCUGGUCUUCUUCGCCAAAAGAAUGUUGUUCUCAACAAACUGAAAAAUGCUAUAAGAGCGGUCGAAAAGGAUGCAGGACUGUCAGAUGAAGAGAAACUUUUUCAGGUGCAUACCUUUGAAAUUUUCCAAAAGGAGCUAAAUGAAAGUGAAAACUCAGUCUUCCAAGCAAUCCAUGGCCUCCAGAGAGCUCUACAGGGUGAUUACAAAGAUGUUGUAAAUAUGAAAGAAAGCAGUAGACAGAGACUGGAAGCCUUGAGAGAAGCUGCAAUUAAGGAAGAAAUGGAAUACGUCGAACUCUUAGCAGCAGAAAAACAUCAGGUUGAAGCCCUUAAGAACAUGCAGCAUCAAAACAAAAGCCUGUCCAUGCUUGAUGAAAUUCUAGAAGAUGUCAGGAAAGCAGCUGAUAGAUUGGAAGAGGAAAUAGAAGAGCAUGCCUUUGAUGACAACAAAUCUGUAAAAGGUGUUAACUUUGAAGCAGUUUUAAGGGUGGAAGAAGAUGAAGCCAACUCCAAAAUAAAUGCUUCAAAAAGAGAAGUAGAGGAUGACUUAGGCCUUAGUAUGCUUAUUGAUUCCCAGAACAAUCAGUAUAUUCUUACCAAGCCCAGAGAUUCAACCAUUCCUCGUGCUGAUCAUCAUUUCAUAAAGGAUAUUGUGACAAUAGGAAUGUUGUCUUUGCCAUGUGGCUGGCUGUGCACAACAAUAGGAUUGCCAACCAUGUUUGGGUAUAUAAUCUGCGGAGUACUACUAGGACCAUCAGGACUAAAUAGUAUCAAGUCUAUUGUGCAGGUGGAGACGUUAGGAGAGUUUGGUGUAUUCUUCACUCUCUUUCUAGUUGGUCUGGAAUUUUCUCCUGAAAGAUUAAGAAAGGUAUGGAAAAUAUCUUUGCAAGGACCCUGUUACAUGACGGUUCUGAUGAUUGCCUUUGGUUUACUGUGGGGACACUUGCUCCAAAUUAGACCAACACAAAGUGUCUUCAUUUCCACUUGUUUAUCUUUAUCAAGCACGCCAUUGGUGUCAAGAUUCCUUGCAGGUAGUGUUCGAGGAGAUAAAGAAGGGGAUAUUGACUACAGUAGCGUACUACUUGGCAUGUUGGUGAUGCAGGAUGUGCAGCUUGGUUUAUUUAUAGCUGUCAUGCCUACACUUAUUCAAGCAGGAGUGAGCACAUAUUCCAGCAUUUUCAAGGAAAUACUGAGAAUACUGAUACUGAUUGGCCAAAUUCUGUUUUCUCUGGCUGCUGUUUUUCUUAUAUGUCUUGUUAUAAAGACUUAUCUCAUAGGACCGUAUUAUCGCAAGUUGCAUGCAGAAAGCAAAGGGAAUAAAGAAAUCCUCAUUCUAGGAAUAACUGCAUUCAUCUUCCUUAUGUUAACGAUCACAGAGCUGUUGGAUGUUUCAAUGGAGCUGGGAUGCUUCUUAGCUGGAGCUCUGAUCUCUUCGCAGGGUCACAUGGUUACUGAGGAGAUUAUGUCCUGUGUUGAACCAAUACGUGACUUUCUUGCCAUCAUUUUCUUUGCAUCCAUAGGUAACUUCUAA